CGAGACAACCUUCACCUCGACAUCUCCCAUGACCCCGCCUUCGCCAGCAAACCGUCUCUCAUGACCCCGCCUUCGUCAAACGUCAAACGUCUCGCAUGACCCCGCCUUCGCUAGCAAACCGUCUUUCCGAUUUCUCUCGGUUCUUCUCGCCUCUCGAGGGCUGUCGUUACAUCCAGAUGUAAGUUCACGAUCACUACUUCAUGUUGCUCACAUGUCUCCAGAACUCUACGUGUGUUUCUUGUCGACAGCCGCCCCUGUUCGACUGGCUUUCAGCUUCUCUAUAGCCGAGCAAAUCAGGCCUGCGCACAUCCUUCGUGAUCGACGCUUGGGUGCCGCUGAAGAUAUCAUGGAGACCGCCGUACGAGAGUUUCCCGACGCACCGACGCGAAAAGCUGCACAUCCUCAUGACAGCAUUGUCGUUCUGGGCAACUUACUUCCAGCAGUCUAGAAGGCGUGCCAGAUCCCAGACAAGGACACGCACCUGCUCGAUGUCGCCGAGGCGCCCGUCCCCCAGCGGCCCCGCAGAAUACGAGGUUUUUUUUUUGGACGGACAUCGUUUAUUCUAUUGGCUCUGCAAUUGAAGAUAUUUUGGACGACACUUCCCGGUAAAACGUGGCGCACAUGUUUGCAGAUGGCAAGGAUCCUGAAUGGCACUUGGACCCGGUUAAGUGAUGUUUGGGGGUAUGUCUGUGAGUAGCUGCUGCGACGCUCGUCGUCUGACUUGAUCUCUAGCAGUCCGGCCUCCAUCUCAGCAAGCGGCUUCUGGCCCAUACGCAGUUCUGCGUGCACAGGCUGCCGUGCCUAUAUCUUGCUAAGAGCUACUUUUGCUACCAACGCAGAUUUUCUUUGUAUCUCAUGUCCUCGCACCGUAACUGUACCCUUCCUUGCCUGCGCUUUGUUAUUCAGUCUGAAGUCUGAAUUAAUUGCAUCGCUUGCCAGUAUGCCGGCAAC